GGUGGGCAUGGCGGACCCGCGGGAGCUGGAGCCGCAGCCGCUGUGCGAGUGGCGCAACAUGUGGUCCUACGCGCUGAUCCUGCUGCUGCUGCUGUUCGCCAUCAUCUACGUCACCGUCAUAUCCAAGCGGGGCCGCCAGGAGCCCUGGAUGAUGACCUUGUGGCAGGUGCUGCUGGUGGUGCUGCCCAUAUACCUGGUCCUCCGUGUUGCCUUCGACCUCUAUCGCCACCGCCUGGCUCAGCAGCUGGCCGCCGCCAACCUGCAGGCCAUGGCGCUGGCCAACGCGGCGGCGGAUGCGGCGGCGGCGGCGGGGCACCCGGGGCUGGGCGGGCCGCGGGAGGUGAUCAUCACGCGGGCGGGGAACAGGCUGCUGGUGCUGCAGCGGGCGGGGCCGUGAGGGGGAGAGGGGGGUUAAGAUGAGGAAACUGAUGAACUGAUGAACGGACGAG